AUGCGCCGGCGAGCUGACGACUGGAUCAACGCGACACACAUACUAAAAGUGGCCGACUUUGACAAGCCUGCCAGAACGAGGAUAUUAGAACGAGAGGUCCAGAAGGGCGUGCAUGAGAAGGUCCAAGGCGGAUACGGGAAAUAUCAGGGAACAUGGGUCCCGCUACACGACGGCCGCGCGCUGGCCGAGCGCAACAACGUGCUCAGCAAACUACUACCCAUCUUCGACUUCGUCCCCGGAGACCGAAGCCCUCCGCCAGCUCCCAAACACGCGACUGCAGCGUCAAACCGCCCCAAGGUGCCUCGUCAGCCUGCCGCCGCGCGUCGCAUCGCCGUGCCCCAAAAUGCAAGCCAAAUAAGCGAAGAUCACUACGAUCGAAUGAGUCUCCAACUUCACGACGAUGAGACGCCCGACAAUGUGACCAUCGUGUCUGAAUCGAUGAUGGAUGACGUAGACUAUGCGCACCCCUCACAAUACUCCACGGGCAAUCGCAAGCGCAAACGGGGACCAGGGCCCGGCGACCAAAUGUCACUCGAAGACCAAGAGCACCAGCUCUGGGCAGACCACCUCCUCGAUUACUUCAUGCUGAUGGACUCAGACGACCGGCUCCAGUCCCCCCCGAUCCCUCCCGCCCACCUGAACCUCGACCGCGCCAUCGACGAGAAAGGCCACAGCGCCAUGCACUGGGCCGCAGCCAUGGGCGACGUCUCCGUCGUCAAAGACCUAAUCGCGCGCGGCGCACGCAUCGACACGGUAUCCAACAACCUCGAAACGCCGCUGAUGCGCGCAGUAAUGUUCACCAACAAUUUCGACAAGGACACCAUGCCAUCACUGGUCCGAAUCCUGCACCCGACCGUCGUGCGCACCGACUGGUACGGCCGCACGGUCUUCCACCAUAUCGCCGGCACGACCUCCUCCAAGAACAAAUACGCAUGCGCACGCUACUACCUCGAUACUCUCAUCGCGAAGCUCUCCGAGACGUGGCGCGCGGAUGCCAUAGCCACUCUCCUGAACGCCCAGGACCACAACGGGGAUACGGCUAUCAUGAUCGCCGCGCGCAACGGGGCUCGAAAAUGCGUCCGCGCGCUGCUGGGCCGCGACGUAAGAACGGACAUUGUGAACAAGGACGGCGUGACGGCGGACGACCUGAUCCGCGACCUCAACCUCCGCCGCAGGGACGGCCGGCACCGCGUGCCCUCGUCGAGCCCCUUCGCGCCUGACCGCGCGAACGGCGACGUCGUAGUCGGCGAUGGGCUGGGCAUCAGCGGCGCCCUGAGCAGGACGGGCUCGGGCCAGCUACAACAGCAACGCUACCGCUCCCAAACCGCACAGACGCUCGUGACGACACUGGCCCCCAGCUUGCUGGAGAAAUGCUCAAGGCUGGCUGCAGCGUACGAGGCCGAGCUCGAGGAAAAGGACGCAGAGGCCCUGGACGCGGAACGGGUGGCGCGGAAGCGACAGGUCGAGCUCGAUGCGAUUAGGGCGCAGUGCGCGGAGUUGAGUCUGCUGGGCGUUUCGCUGGAGGGAGGCGCGGGUGACGAGGACGAUGGCGGCGGUGGCGGUGGAGAGGGGGAUGUGGAUGCACAGCUGGAGGCGCAGCUGGAGCAGCUGGAGAGGGAGAGCGAGGCGCUGCUUGAGCUGGAGCAGAGGGUCGAGCUUAGGAAUCUGGUUGCGAGGGCGGAGGCGAUGGCGGGGGCGAACGGCGCGGCUAUGGUGCCUCCCGCUUCUUCAACGGACCAGCACAUGGAUGGCGAUGGUGGAGGCGGAGCCGAUGGCGCGAGGACCGAGGAGACGGAGAAGCUGCAGCUGGCGCAGGCGCUGCUUACGGCUCAACAUGAGCGUCAGGCGCUGGUCAAGGGGAUCGUGCAGGACCUGGCCGUUGCGGGCAUGGGCGAGAGGCAGGCUGAGUAUCGACGGCUCAUUACGGGGGCGCUGGGGGUCAGGGACGAGGACGUUGAGAGCAUGUUGCCGGAGAUCCUGGCGGAGUUGGAGGAGAGCAUUGUAGGGGAGGGGGAAGGGGUUGAGGCGUAG